AUGGGGUUUGGUAAAGGACCUAGGAUACCAUUAUGGGUUGUAAUUCUGGUGAUCUGCUGUAUCCAACAGAAAGCUUCAAGUGCAGAAGAUGUACCUGAAAGAGUUACCAUCAUCCCACCAAUGAAAACAAUGCCUGUUAUAUCAUCCUUUCACUCCGUUCAUAAUGGACAGGUCUGCAGCACAUGGGGUGCCUUUCACUUCAAGACAUUUGAUGGUGACAUCUAUAAUUUUCCUGGAGUCUGCGAUUACAUAUUUGCCUACCAUUGCACAGAACCAUUUGAGGACUUCAACAUUCAAAUUAAACGCCAAACAGUGGGGAACACCACCACAAUUAGCCAUAUCACUGUGAUGCUGGCUGGAACAUAUUUUAAAAUGGAAAAGGAUCAAAUUUUGGCAAAUGACAAACGGAUUCAGUUACCUUACAAUGGACCUGGAUAUGAAAUAGAGAAUUUUCUCAACUAUAUCAAAGUGAAUGGUAAAAAUGGUUUAACUCUAAUGUGGAAUAAACAAGACAGUCUAAUGCUGGAACUUGAUAAAAAAUAUGCCAAUCAGACCUGUGGACUUUGUGGAGAUUUUAAUGGCAUGCCAAAGUACAAAGAAUUUUAUUUUGAGAAUACCCCCUUAACAGACUUCCAGUUUGGGAAUCAAUGGAAGGUGGCUAGUCCAACAGAAGCUUGUGAUGAUCCUCUACCUCCUCCUCAGAAGAAUUGCACUGAUGAAUACGAUAUUUGUCAGAAAAUACUAACUGGUUCUGCAUUUUCUGGAUGUAAUGAUAUUGUUGGUGUGGAUAGCUACAUUGAUGCUUGUGUACAUGACUUGUGUCACUGUGAUGAAGUUGAAAAAGCCUCCUGUCUCUGUUACACUUUCACUGAAUACUCUCGACAAUGUGCUCAUGCUGGUGGCCAACCUCAAAACUGGAGAAGUCCAGAACUAUGCCCAAUAUCAUGCUCUUCGGGUAUGCAAUAUCAAGAAUGUGGAUCACCUUGUGCAAAUACUUGUACUAAUUCUGAAAGAUCUCAUAUCUGUGAAGAUCACUGUGUAGACGGCUGCUUUUGUCCACCAGGAACUGUUUUGGAUGACAUCAAUGGCAAAGCCUGCAUCCCUUUUGAGCAAUGUUCCUGCAUUUAUAAUGGAGAAUCCUAUUCUCCAGGGAUGACAUAUUCAGAUCCAUGCCGUUCCUGUGUGUGCAGUGGUGGUGCGUGGAAUUGCACAGAGCUUCCUUGUCGUGGUAUUUGCUCAAUAGAAGGAGGAUCACAUAUCUCCACCUAUGAUGAAGUGUGGUAUAAUUUCCAUGGAAAGUGUACUUAUAUUCUAACUAAGAUGUGUGACGAAGAAACCUUUACUGUUCUUGGUGAGCUUGGGCCAUGUGGCAUCACAGAUUCUGAGAGCUGCUUAAAAUCGGUGACUCUAAGCAUCAAUGGAGGAGAAACUUAUGCUGCAAUCAACGAUCAAGGCAAAGUAAUGGUUAAUGGGAUGUCUACUCAGCUGCCUAUCUCAGUAGCUAAUGUAACAAUCUUCCAGCCUUCACAUUCCUUCAUCGUUCUGGAAACAAAUUUUGGCCUUCAGCUCGUGAUCCAGAUUAAACCCUUGCUACAGUUAUUCAUUUAUCUGGAUCCAUCUUUCCAAGGGAGAAUGUGUGGCCUCUGUGGCAACUUUAACCAUAACCAGAGAGAUGACUUCAAAACCUUAAAUGGUUUGAUAGAAGGAACAGCAACUGCAUUUGCUAAUACCUGGAAAACUAUAGCUUCCUGUGACAACAUUAAACAGCAUUUUAACGAUCCUUGCACCGUGAGCACUGAAAAUGAAAAAUAUGCCCAUCAUUGGUGUGGACUCCUGACUGACCCUGAAGGACCUUUUGCUAAAUGCCACCCCUUUGUGUAUCCAAGGACAUAUCAUACGAACUGUAUGUUUGAUGCCUGUGCUUGUACGAUAAGUGAGAAGUGCAUGUGUGCUGCCCUCUCUUCCUAUGUCAGAGCAUGCAGAGCCAAAGGAAUUGAACUUGAAGGAUGGAGAACCAGCGCUUGUUCCAAAGAUACUAUCUGUCCCAAAUCCCUGAAUUAUAGCUAUGAAAUUAGUUCUUGCCAACCUACUUGCAAAUCACUGAGUGAACCUGAUAUUACUUGCAACAUCAAAUUUGUCCCAGUUGAUGGCUGUACAUGUGAACCUGGAACUUAUAUGGAUGAUUCUGAAAUAUGUGUGCCUGCUAACAAAUGUCCCUGCUAUUACAAAGGAAGAACCAUGCUCUCUGGUGAUGUUUACCAUGAGUAUGGCGUUAAGUGCACUUGUAAUCAAGGAAAAUUAAGCUGCUAUGGUGAUGGAGACUCCAAGAAAGAAUGUACUGCUCCAAUGGUUUACUUUGACUGCAGAAAUGCCACCACUGAUAGCAAAGGAGCCGCAUGUCAGAAAAGCUGUCAGGCUCUUGAUGAUCAUUGUUACAAUUCAAAGUGUGUCUCCGGUUGCAUAUGUCCAGACGGGCUAGUGUCAGAUGAGAAAGGCGGUUGUAUUCCUGUGGACAAGUGCCCAUGUGUUCACAAUGAUGCCACAUAUCAGCCUGGGGAAAAGAUCAAAGUUGACUGUAACAAUUGUACAUGUAAGAACAGGAUCUGGCAAUGUACCAUGGAGACGUGCCUAUCAACCUGUGCUGUUUAUGGAGAUGGACAUUAUAGCACCUUUGAUGGCAAGCGUUAUAUUUUCAAUGGGCAAUGUGAAUAUACACUCUUGCAGGAUUAUUGUGGCCAGAACAGUUCCACCCAGGGGUCAUUCCGAAUCAUCAGUGAAAAUAUUCCUUGUGGCACCACUGGCACCACUUGUACUAAAUCUAUUAAAAUAUUCUUCAAAAACUAUGAAGUGAUACUUAAUGAAGAGCAAGUUAAAACAGUAGAAAGAGAGGGUGGAGGUCAGAUACCAAUUAGAAAGUAUCAAAUGGGCAACUACAUGAUGAUUGAGAUUCAUAAAGGAUUAAUUGUCUUAUGGGACAAGGAAACAACCGUAAAUGUCAUACUUGGUGCAGAAUACAAGGGUGGGGUCUGUGGACUGUGUGGGAACAAUGAUGGAAAUGGAGUUAAUGACUUUACAACUCGGAGUCGAUCUGUAGUAGGUGAUGUACUGGAGUUUGGAAACAGUUGGAAGGUAUCACCCACAUGCCCCGAUGCCAAAUGUGUCAAGGAUCCUUGCACCAAGAAUCCUUAUAGGAAAGCUUGGUCACAGAAGAUGUGCAGCAUCAUCAACAGUAAAGACUUUGCUGCCUGCCACUCUCAGGUGGACCCAACUAAAUACUAUGAAGCCUGUGUGACUGAUUCCUGUGCUUGUGACACUGGGGGAGACUGUAAAUGUUUCUGUACAGCUGUAGCUGCAUAUGCUAAAGUAUGUAGUGAUCAUGGAGUAUGUGUAUCAUGGAGAACACCAUCAAUUUGCCCCAUGUUUUGUGACUAUUAUAAUAAAAAAGGUCAAUGUGAAUGGCACUACAAAUCUUGUGGAGCCCCAUGCAUGAAGACCUGUAGGAAUCCAAGUGGGAGGUGUGCUCAUAAUUUACCCGGCUUGGAAGGUUGCUAUCCACAUUGCCCAGUAGAUAAGCCUUAUUUUAAUGAGGAAGAGAUGAAAUGUGUUAGUGUUUGCGGCUGUUAUGAUGCUUCGGGUAACUAUCAUCAGUUAGGAGAAACCUUUACUACUGGAGUGGUAUGUCAAUCAUGUAAAUGUACCAAUGAAGGCAUUAUUAGCUGUGAACAUGAUACUAAAGCUUGCUACUGCUACUAUGAAGGAAAGAGGUAUAACUACAAGGAAGUCAUUUACAAUACCACGGAUGGCUUGGGUUCAUGUAUAACUGCAAUUUGUGACAUCAAUGGAACAAUCAAUAGAGACGUCUAUCAAUGUGCUGGAACUACCACAAAACCACCAUUUGAAUUCACAACUUCAAGUAGAACAGAAUCAAUUCCAACAAGAACAACAAUGUGUGUGCAUAAAGUUUGUAGAUGGAUGGGUUGGUAUGAUGUUAGCAACCCAUCAUAUGAAUCAACCAAUGGAGAUUAUGAAACUCCGGAAAACAUAAGAGCGAAAGGAUAUAAUCUUUGCAAAAAUCCAGAUAAAGUGGAAUGCAGAGCAAAAGAAUUUCGCGAAGAAACAGUGCAGUCUCUCGGUCAAAAUGUAGUAUGUACACCAACUGAUGGCUUGAUUUGCAAUAACAAGGAUCAGGCUCCACCAGUGUGCUAUGACUAUGAGGUCAAAUUCUUAUGUUGCAAUUUUGAACCAUGUGGUCCUUUGACAUCAACAACUGCUACUAAAACUACCGGAGGAACAACACCAAUUGCUGAAACAACAACAACACCACCUUAUAUACCCCAAACAACACGUGCACAUUUUAUUGGGACCACUACCUCUACUCCCCAGCCUUCUACACCAAGUUCAGUGCAGCCCAUAUCCACAACUUGCCAUCCUAAAUGUGAGUGGACCCAAUGGUUUGAUGACCACAAUGCAAACACUAGCCCUGAUGGUGAUUUUGAGCGCUUUGAAGACAUACGGGCACGUGGAUUGGCUUGUGAGCAUCCGCAAGAUAUUCAAUGCCAGGCAAAGGACUAUGCACACACUACGAAUCCUGCCCCUGAGCAAAAUAUCCAGUGCAACGUAAAGGUUGGACUAGUGUGUAAACAUACAGAGCAGACAAAGAAACCAUAUCAAUGUCUCAACUAUCAGGUGAAAUUCCUUUGUUGUGAUUACAGCCAUUGCCAACAAGGAACAACAUCAGUAACUUCCAAACCUACAUCGACCCAAACAAUGUACACUUCCACAACAGCCAGUUCAUCCACCAUACCACGCACAACAUCGGCCACCAGUCCAAGCACACCCCUGGUGUCUACAAGUGCAGAAGUAACAACAGGAAAGCAAACAACUACUACUUUCCCUACUCCACCAACAACUAUGGUAUCUACAAGUGCAGAAAUAACAACAGGAAAGCAAACAACCACUACUCUCCCUACUCCACCAACAACAAAACCAGUCACUUCUGGAAUUAUCUCCACUGCAUCCACCACUAGUCCAAGCACACCACCGGUGUCUACAAGUGCAGAAAUAACAACAGGAAAGCAAACAACCACUACUCUUCCUACUCCACCAACAACAAAACCAGUCACUUCUGGAAUUAUCACCACUGCAUCAACCACUAGUCCAAGCACACCCCUAGUGUCUACAAGUGCAGAAGUAACAACAGGAAAGCAGAUAACUACAACUCUUUCUAUUCCAUUCACACCUAUGGUAUCUACAAGUGCAGAAAUAACAACAGGAAAGCAAACAACCACUACUCUCCCUACUCCACCAACAACAAAACCAGUCACUUCUGGAAUUAUCUCCACUGCAUCCACCACUAGUCCAAGCACACCACCGGUGUCUACAAGUGCAGAAAUAACAACAGGAAAGCAAACAACCACUACUCUUCCUACUCCACCAACAACAAAACCAGUCACUUCUGGAAUUAUCACCACUGCAUCAACCACUAGUCCAAGCACACCCCUAGUGUCUACAAUCACUUCUGGAGUAACAACAGGAAAGCAUAUAACCACAAUUGUUUCUCCUCCAUUGUCAACUCUUGUGUCUACGAGUCUAGGAGUAUCAACUGGUUCCACACUAGCAACUACUUUAAGCAGAGCAACUCCAUGUUUCUGCCAUGUAUCUGGAACUCCUGAUUCUUUAUUUUCUCCUGGGGACGUAAUAUAUAAUAAAACUGAUAGUUCUGGAUGCCGUUUUGUUGCAAUCUGUGAUGCAAAUUGUGAAAUUAAGAGGUAUCCAGUAUUCUGCCCUACAACAACUCCCCAUCCAGUUACAACCACAGGAACAUUACCGAUUGUCAGUUCUACAACUUCUGCUCUACCAACUAAACCACACACUUCCCCAACUCCCACAAGAACUCAGGAAAUCAUUUCCUCAACUUCUACACCAUAUUGUCUUAAUGUGGAUCCACCUAGAAAGUAUAAUGAAACAUGGAUGUUUAAUAAUUGCACUGAAGCAACAUGUGAGGGGAACAACCGAAUUGUUGUGUCACCGCUCCCACAACCUGAGAAGAUAACCUGUGCCAAUGGACUUGAACCAAAGCGAAUAGUGGAUAAAAAUGGUUGCACAGAACGCUAUGAAUGUGAAUGUAUCUGUAAGGGUUGGGACCAUUAUAAUUUUAUGACUUUUGACGGCACUUCUUACACUUUUCAUGGCAAUUGCACUUAUAUCUUGGUGAAAGAGAUUGUGAAUAAAUUUGGAAACCUCCGUAUUUUGCUUGACAAUGCCUUCUGUGAUGUAGCUGAUAAUCAGUCCUGUUCCAGAUCCCUGAUUAUAUAUUACAACUCUAUGGAAAUCCGACUAGUUAGUGAAAUGCAUGAAGGAGUGAGAGUUAACGAGAUGUUUUUUGGCAACGAAUCUGUCACAAAGGGUUUUGCCAAAGAUGGCAUUUUGGCUACUAGUACUGGUUUGACCAUGAUGAUUGAAAUACCUGAGAUCAAUAGUUUUGUUUCCUUCAAUGGUUUCGUCUUCUUUAUUAUGCUUCCAUAUGAACUCUUUCAAGACAACACAGAGGGACAGUGUGGGAGCUGUUCAAAUGACCAAUCAGAUGAUUGUCGCAAGCCCAAUGGACAGAAAGCUUCCUCCUGCUCAGAAAUGGCAAUCCACUGGCAAGUGCCUGAUAUCAAUAAGCCCUACUGUCAGGUGCCAACACCACCUCCUACAAUGAGCACAACUACACUAGUGGAGACCUCACCCACACCAACAUCAAUACCAACACCCUGCAACUCUCCAUCACCUUUGUGCAAGCUGAUUAUAAGCGAUAUUUUUGCAGAUUGCCAUAAAUAUCUGUCUCCAAUAAACUUCUAUAACAACUGCAUCCAUGAAACAUGUCAGCCUUCCAAUGAUUCCUUGAGUUGUGUCUACAUUGAAAUGUAUGCCUCUCUUUGUACGGCUAACGGAGCUUGUGCUGACUGGAGGAACAAAACUGAAGGGAAAUGCCCCUAUCAUUGCCCAAAAGACAAGGUGUAUGCUCCUUGUGCCCCUAUUCAUCCACAAACCUGUGAAAAUGAUGUAACGCAUGGCCUGAAUGACCAUGUUGCUGAACGAUGCAUUUGCCCAGAGGGCUCAAUCUUGUUCAAUUCUUUCAGUGGCCUCUGUGUUCCAGAAUGUGGUUGUGUGGGAGCAGAUGGACUCCCAAAACUGCCUGGUAGCAAAUGGAAGAGCAACUGUAAAGAGUGUACAUGUGACCCUUUGACUCUCAGUGUACAAUGUAAGCCAUGGAGCUGCCCACCAACCAAAGAAUGUAAGGCGGAAGGAUACAUGCCCAUCUCUGUGCUAAAUUCAGACGAUCGAUGCUGCCCCGAAAUAAGAUGCGUAUGCAACACCAGUAUGUGCGAAAAGACCACUUGUAAAGCAGGAGAGUACCUAGCCUCAGUCUCUUUUGGUCCAUGCUGUGCCAACAUUACUUGUGAAAAAAGAAAAAACACCUGUUUGGUUAAUGGAAAAGAUUAUGAGCCUGGAAUGAUCGUUCCUGGUAAACCCUGUGAAACGUGCAUCUGUAGUUCUGUUAAAAACCCUGUUACCCAGGGAAAUAUUGUGGAAUGUAAGCCAGUUACCUGCAAUACAGAUUGUCCCAUGGGUCACGAGUACCAAAUAAAACCCGGUGAAUGUUGUGGAAACUGCAUCCCAGUGGCUUGCAUCGUCACCAUUAAUGGCAUUGCUGAGAUACUAAAGCCUGGGCAGAUAAAACCGGGUAACUGCAAUCAGUACAAAUGUGAGCCAAUGAACAAUACGCUAGUUCUGGUUGAGACUAGAGAAACGUGCCCUAACUUUGAUCCAGACUGCAGUCCUGAUCAAACUGAAUUGACUCACAAUGGCUGCUGCAAGAUAUGCAAAGAGACACUAAACUGCAAACCAUACAAGAAUCAAACUCUAAUCCGUGAAAAUGACUGUGUAUCUCCUGAAACUGUUGAAUUGACUUACUGUGAAGGAAUGUGUCCAAGCUCUUCAGUAUAUUCCCAAAACAAAAAGGCAUUUCAGUAUAAUUGCAAUUGCUGCCAAGAGUUCAAGAGCCAUAAAAAAGAAGUAACCUUGACAUGUCUGAAUGGCACAACCAUCGUUUAUGACUAUUUAUAUGUGGAUGAGUGUAAGUGCAAAACUGGAUGCAACUUCGAAGUCCCAAGCAGCUAA